AGCGCCCGCGUUCACGACGAUGCUCGUGCUCUCCCCCAUCCCCGUCCUGCUCGCCCUCGCCGCCCUCGCCGCCGCAGCCCCGCGCAGCACGCUCAAGCUCAAAGAGCACAUCGACGUCCCGCGCAACUGGGUCCGCGUCGCCGACGCCCCCGCGGAGCACACGAUCGCGCUGCGCAUCGCGCUCCCGCAGAGCAACUUCGACGCGCUCGAGGCGCACCUGUACGAGGCGAGCGACCCCGACCACGCGCGCUACGGCCAGCACCUGUCCAAGGAAGAGGUCGAGCGCCUCGUCGCGCCCCGCCCCGAGAGCCUCGCCGCCGUGCAGGAAUGGCUCGCCGGGCACGGCAUCCCCAAGAGCGCGUGCACGCACUCGCCGGCGAAGGACUGGGUCAAGGUGGACGUCCCCGUGAGCAAGGCCGAGGCGAUGCUCGACACCAAAUACAGCGUCUGGCAGCACACCGUCGACGGCGACGUCCUCGUCCGCACCACCAGCUACAGCCUUCCCGAGCACCUCCACGCCCAUGUCGAGCUCAUCCAGCCCACCACCAUGUUCGGCCGCUUCCGCAGCGCUCGCUCGCUCAUCAGCGUCGUCGAAGACGCCCCGGAGUCCUCUGCCUUGAAGAGCCAUGUCAAGAUCGUCGACCCCGCCUCUGGCACCUCCGUCGAUGCGAGCUGCAACCAGACCAUCACGAUCUCCUGCAUCCAGCAGCUCUACAACGCCGUCGGCUACGUGCCCCAGGCUACCAAAGUGAACAAAAUUGGCAUCACGGGCUACCUCGAGGAGUAUGCCAACUUUGCGGAUCUCAAGAGCUUCUACAAAGACCAGCGCCCUGAGGCUGUCAACUCGACGUUCAAGGUCGAAUUGAUCAACGGCGGCUUGGACAACCAGACUCUAUCCGCGGCUGGUGCGGAGGCCAACUUGGACGUCCAGUUCGCGUACGGUAUCUCUUUCCCUACCCCGGGAACGUUCUGGUCCACUGGCGGCCGCCCGCCGUUCAAAGCUGACACGGAUACACCCACCGAUACCAACGAGCCCUACACCGAGUGGCUCGAUUUCGUGCUAUCACACCCAGACCUCCCUCAGACCGUGUCCACCUCUUACGGCGAUGACGAGCAGACGGUCCCUAAGAGCUUUGCCAAGCGUGCCUGCAAAGGCUUCGCCCAACUCGGCGCCCGUGGUACCUCUCUGAUGUUCAGCUCUGGUGACGGCGGUGUCGGCGAUGGAGACUCUAACCCUGCGACGCAGUCUUGCUUCACCAACGACGGAAAGAACGCUACGAAGUUCAUCCCUCUGUUCCCCGCCAGCUGUCCCUUUGUCACCGCCGUAGGGGGGACCCAGCAUUUCCCUGAGGUCGCGGUAUCUCGCUUCUUUUCUGGGGGUGGUUUCAGCAACUACUUCUCUCGUCCCGCGUUCCAAGAGAAGGCUGUGACGGGAUACCUUUCUGCGCUCCCCAAGGGCACCUACAAGGGUCUCUUCAACCCCGCCGGUCGCGGCAUCCCGGACGUCGCCGCGCAAGGCGACUUCUUCCGGAUCUUCCUCUCCGGCCAGGCCGUCCUCAUCGGCGGUACGUCCGCGUCCUCGCCCACCUUCGCCGGCGUCGUCUCGCUCCUGAACGACGCACGCCUCGCGCGCGGCCUGCCGUCCCUCGGCUGGCUCAAUCCCCUGCUGUAUAGUAAGGGCGUUGCCGGGCUCAACGAUAUCACUGUUGGGCAUAAUUCGGGUUGUGGGACUACUGGGUUUAACGUGACGAAGGGGUGGGACCCGGUGACCGGCCUCGGCACGCCCAACUUUGGUAAGCUGAAGGAUAUCGUGCUGUCGGUCUAGCGGCUGUUGUAAAAACGCUGUUCGUUUUUUUGUUUUAUUUUGGCCGUGGACGGGUGUGGACCUGCUAUCGGAGAUAGGAAAUGUUGUUGUAUUAUUGAUGCUUCGCGCUCCUAUCGCAGGGCUGUCUGUGUC